AUGAACUUUUACAUUUUAACCAUUUUCGCGCUUCUGCAGGCAUUGUCGGUUUAUGGGUUUGACGCCCAAUCCAAGACCAACGUCGCCGUUUAUUGGGGGCAGGCGUCUGCCGGAUCUCAGGAGUCGCUGGCGACUUACUGUGAAUCUGGCGAUGUUGACAUCGUCCUAUUGUCAUUCCUUUACGCUUUUCCCAACCCAUUGAAACUCGAUUUCAGUUCCGCAUGCUCUUCGACGUUUUCGGACGGUCUUCUCCACUGUUCUCAAAUCGCAUCCGAUAUCAAAACAUGUCAAGGUCUAGGCAAAAAAGUGUUCCUUUCGCUUGGCGGUGAAAGCGGUGCUUAUGGGUUUUCUGACGACUCCGAAGCCGAAUCGUUUGCCGACACUCUAUGGAACACUUUUGGUGAAGGAUCUGGCUCUGAGCGGCCCUUCGACGAUGCUGUCGUUGAUGGUUUUGAUUUUGACAUUGAAAACAACAAUCAGAACGGUUAUGUCGCAUUGGCCAAAAAAUUAAGACAAUAUUACAAUUCUGCUUCCAAAGAUUUUUACAUUUCCGCCGCUCCCCAAUGCUACUAUCCAGAUGCCAGUGUGGGAAAUUUACUAAGCAAUGCGGAAGUUGAUUUUGCCUUCAUUCAAUUUUACAACAAUUACUGUAAUGUCGACAAACAGUUCAAUUGGGAUACCUGGCAAAAUUUUGCUGAGACCGUCUCUCCAAACUCCGAUAUUAAACUAUUCCUAGGUUUGCCAGGUUCUCCCACUGCGGCUGGAUCCGGAUACAUCUCUGACACUGAUGAAGUAUCGAGUACUGUGAAAAGUAUCUCAAGUUCUAGCAAUUUUGGCGGUAUCAUGCUGUGGGAUGCUUCUCAAAGCUUCAAAAACACGAUCAAUGGCAAAACCUAUGUGUCUUUGAUGAAGGAUGCUUUGGAACAAAAUGUGCUGUCCUCCAGCUCGGCCGCUCCUGCAGUCUCCUCAGCAGCCCCUUCUGCGGUCACUUCUGGGAUCACUUCCGCAUCUACUCUAAGCAGCUCCACAUCUGCUUCAGGCUCCAGCUCAUCACCUUCAAGUAGCUCCACUUCCGACAGUUUUACUUCUGUAUCCUUGAGCUCUGCAUCUAUUCCACCUACUACUUCGGUUUCUACAACCACUUCUUCAUCCAUCACGAGCACCAUCCCAGCGACUACAACUGGCUCCACUUCUACACCCAGCACUACCCCUGUUCCAGUCUACUCAUCCCAAACAUCAAAUGUUGCCACUGCCAAUGCACCUUUGCCUUUUUCAAGCACAAAUACCUUUACGCCUUCGACCUUAGUGACCCAAGUCGGCACAUUUUCAUCUGCGCCCGCCUGGAGUUCGACACCUGUCACCAAUACCCCCUCCAGCUCAGUGACGCCAGAGACCACAUCUUCCGCUUCAGCUUCAACUUCAAACUCUCAACAGAGGUUUACUACAACUCUAACACCAACCUCCGCCGCACCAACCUCCGCCGCACCAACUUCCGCACCACCAACUUCCGCACCACCAACUUCCGCACCACCAACUUCCGCACCACCAACUUCCGCACUACCAACCUCCACGGCUACGACAGCGUCCACUCAGGAGACCGCCUCCAGCUCUUGGGCCCACGACAGAGCCAUUGCGCUAAAUAAACAAUACUCCGAAGGGCAGAUGAAUGGCAGUUCUGAAUGUUUCGAGGGCGAAAUUUCAUGUUCCGCUGACGGACAAAUUGCCAUUUGUGAUCACAAUGAAUGGGUGUAUAUGGAAUGUGCCGCAGGGACCACUUGUUACGCUUACGAUUCCGACAAUGUGGUUUUCACGAGUUGCAACUUCUCCUAUUUGAAAAGCUCUUUUCAGUAG